AUGCUUGUAUGGUAUAUCGCUAAGAGAAUUCCUCGUGGGAUCGCACUACUAUUAAACUUUAUUACUAUCUUUCUGACAAUAUUUUUACUGAUAGGUUGUUAUAAUAGUUCCCAGGAUUCAACGUUUUUAGUACGUUAUCAAAUAAACUCUAAAUCUUCUUUCUAUGGUUCAAUUCAAUCAAGUUUCAAAGAGUCAUCCUCCACUGUAGGUCUAGAAAAAGUAAAAAUUAGAGCAGGAUUUAUGGGAAUCUGUAUAGAUAAAGUCCCUACAACUUACAAUUUACAAGGAACUCAAGAGACUCAAAUAUGCUAUCCUCGUAAAAACCUGACAACUACAAACCUGUACCGUGACCUCUCUAUUGAUCUAUUAACUACCAGUUCAAACAGCUCCUCAGCAUCUCUUAAUGUACUACAAUUAGGUGAACUUACCUCAGUCAAUGUCAUCCAUCCAUAUUUAUUAAUGGCGACGAUCGUACUCACAAUAAUCAUGUUUUUAUCUCUAAUAUAUGUCAUUAUCCCAGGUCUACCAGGUAGAAAUUAUCUAUCAUUGUUUCUAUUAUUGUUAAGCCCAACUUUAGUUUUAAUCUCUGGGAUGAGUGCCAUUUGGACUCAUAUUGGUAUCCAUGCAGCUCAUAAAUUAGUUCCUGCUGCAAGUAUGGGCAUGGUUAGUGUUUAUACAGGUCGUAAAGCAGCCUCAAUGAUGUGGUUUGGGUUUGCAUUCUUAAUGACCAUCUGUUUGAUCCUUUAUGGAUUGAAACUGAAGGAAUUACGUAAUGGAGAGGAUGAUACUUUGGUACCAGACUACAAUACCAACAACAGCAAUAAUAGCAAAAACAGUCAACCAUCAUACCAUAACUAUUAUUAUUCGGACUCAUCAUCAUAUGGCACCAAGGCCUAA